AAAAUGUGCUCGUGGCGCGUGGUGCGACGUUCCGUCCGAGCUUCUCUAUCGGCGACAGAACAGUAGCAGCAGGGCUUCAUCGAGAUCGGACGUCCCAAUCCCUAAUUGGCAACCCAAAAAUGGCCACCUGGAGCAUUUCUGAGUGGAGCCACGACUCCGAAGAGGUGGAGGUGCAGACCGAACCGGAGUUCCUGGACAACGUAAAUUCUGCCGUGAUGUGCGACCUUUCCGUGCAAGUUAAAUUAGCCCGCUCAAAUUACACUGGAUCUUCGCGGCUGGCCCCGUUCAUGGAGAUGACGCCUGUGAAGUCUCCGAUGACGAUGGAGGAGGAAUUGUAUGGAUCGGGACGUCCGGAGAACCUUUCCUCCAGCCCAUUUAUGAGAAGUUCCGACGUAGAUCUCCCAAAACAGACCAUUGUCGCGGAUCCGCUUGACCUGAGCGUAUCAGAGAACGAGUUUGAACACGAAGAAGCCAACAGCCAGCCCCUGGAGACCAUUCCCGAGGACCCCGAAAUGGAAGAUCGUUUGGGUAUGGAGCAGGACCUUGAACAGCCCGAGGAAUCCAGUAGCCACAUGGAAGAUGAACCGGUGCCCCUGCCUCCUGCAGAAGAUGCGCAACUGGACGAGCUCGACGACGUGCUCUCUAUGGAGCAGGUUGCCGACGUGGAAGCGCCAUCUCCGCUCAUGGAACCAGAAGUAGAAGUCUCCAAUCAAGAAGCGGUUGAGAGCGCAUUACCGAUGGAAGGCUUCGACUUUGAGAAGGACGCAGCGAAAGACUUAUCGGACAAGCGCACAUCGACUGAAGGCCUGGCCAACGAAGAAGUGAAACACACUCCGCCCGUACCCGAGAUGCGCACUUCGGUGUCCUCUAUGAUCCCUCCAGUGGUUCGGCGUUCUGGCGCGCGGAAGAAGACAACCGCUACGAGCGAGUUCGUUGCACCGCUGGUGCAGGCUAGAGCUCCCUGGGCGGCGGACCUGCCACGACGAAAUAGGGCAGCUCUGUUCUUGGAGAGACAGCACAUGGCUGAGGGCGGGUAUGAGGUUCACGCUGCUCAUGUGGCAGUUCCUCACCCUCAAGACCUCAUGAGUCUCGAAGGGGUCGCUAAGGGCGGCGACGAAUAUAAAAAGGAAGAGUUCGGAGAGCUUUUCUCGAAGCACACUCAAUCGGAUAUCUUGGAUGAAGUUACAACCCCUCUGGUGACUAAGGCAAGCCGUGUACCCUGCGUGAACAGCGUGGAGGACGCGGACGAAGACGUGGUAUUCGACUUCGACCAUCUUCCCAUCCGACAGCGUAUGGAUAUCUGGAAGAAACGGGAGCACAAAGCUAUUCGCCAGGGACUAAUCUUGAUCCCGAAGCUUUCCAAACAAGGUCGUUUCCCGAUCUCUGCCCGGAUAUGAACUCUACUGGCGCCGUUCUCUGCCUCUCCCAAAUUGUUAUAAAUUAAUCUUCGGUCCUGCUGCUCUUAAUAAACACGUGUUUAUCUUUGCA